CAUAGCACAAGUUAUUUUAUCAUUUGAAUUUAUCCUCGAGUCUUUAUUUUUUCCGAUACCGUCUUAAAUUAUAGCAUCCAUCCAAUUGCUUUCCGGAUUAGCGUUACCUGCGGCUGUCCUAAUCUUAGCCAGCUGGCGAGUCGCCCGGCUACGCAAUUUAACAAUCCACAACUAUACGGAGAAAAUGGAUGAGUCAGUUGCAAAUACCAUAAAGGAGCAGUUGAGCGAAAGAGGCAUAACGCCGCUGUUUACCAAUAAUAAUGUGGUGUUGCCGCCCGGAAAGAAUGCCUAUGACGUCAUAGACGCCUUAGUGCCGGGGGACAAUGUGCAAUUGCUUGCGGCGAUGUAUCACGAUCUUUGUUGGCUGGGCAUUGAAAGUAAUACGUACCUACUAUUACUACAAGCUAUCAAUGCCAAUUGAAUCAAUGUUAUUAGCUGUGAAUUCGAACUUUUUGGUAUUUUCUGUUUUGUCGAGAGGAAGGAUCCAAAUGCCCCAUCAAUAAAGUGAGGGCUUUCCGGACCUUCCCCAACCCUCACUCCCCCUUUUUCAAAAAGAAGCCCCGCUCAACAACCCUCUCUGAUAAGGAAGAAAACGAAAGAAUCUCAAUUUUACGACAAAUCCGGUCCGAUGGCUGUUCUCCACUAACCACAAGGAUAUAGGGACUCUAUAUUUCAUCUUUGGUGCCAUUGCUGGAGUGAUGGGCACAUGCUUCUCAGUACUGAUUCGUAUGGAAUUAGCACGACCCGGCGAUCAAAUUCUUGGUGGGAAUCAUCAACUUUAUAAUGUUUUAAUAACGGCUCACGCUUUUUUAAUGAUAUUUUUUAUGGUUAUGCCGGCGAUGAUAGGUGGAUUUGGUAAUUGGUUUGUUCCGAUUCUGAUAGGUGCGCCUGACAUGGCAUUUCCACGAUUAAAUAAUAUUUCAUUCUGGUUGUUGCCACCAAGUCUCUUGCUCCUAUUAAGCUCAGCCUUAGUAGAAGUGGGUAGUGGCACCGGGUGGACGGUCUAUCCGCCCUUAAGUGGUAUUACCAGCCAUUCUGGAGGAGCAGUUGAUUUAGCAAUUUUUAGUCUUCAUCUAUCUGGUAUUUCCUCCAUUUUAGGUUCUAUCAAUUUUAUAACAACUAUCUUCAACAUGCGUGGACCUGGAAUGACUAUGCAUAGAUUACCCCUAUUUGUGUGGUCCGUUCUAGUGACAGCAUUCCUACUUUUAUUAUCACUUCCGGUACUGGCAGGGGCAAUUACCAUGUUAUUAACCGAUCGAAACUUUAAUACAACCUUUUUUGAUCCCGCUGGAGGGGGAGACCCCAUAUUAUACCAGCAUCUCUUUUGGUUCUUCGGUCAUCCAGAGGUGUAUAUUCUCAUUCUGCCUGGAUUCGGUAUCAUAAGUCAUAUCGUUUCUACUUUUUCGGGAAAACCGGUCUUCGGGUAUCUAGGCAUGGUUUAUGCCAUGAUCAGUAUAGGUGUUCUUGGAUUUCUUGUUUGGGCUCAUCAUAUGUUUACUGUGGGCUUAGACGUUGAUACCCGUGCCUACUUCACCGCAGCUACCAUGAUCAUAGCUGUCCCCACUGGAAUCAAAAUCUUUAGUUGGAUCGCUACCAUGUGGGGGGGUUCGAUACAAUACAAAACACCCAUGUUAUUUGCUGUAGGGUUCAUAUUUUUGUUCACCAUAGGGGGACUCACUGGAAUAGUUCUGGCAAAUUCUGGGCUAGACAUUGCUCUACAUGAUACUUAUUAUGUGGUUGCACAUUUCCAUUAUGUACUUUCUAUGGGAGCCGUUUUUGCUUUAUUUGCAGGAUUUUACUAUUGGGUAGGUAAAAUCUUUGGUCGAACAUAUCCUGAAACUUUAGGUCAAAUCCAUUUUUGGAUCACUUUUUUCGGGGUUAAUCCGACCUUCUUUCCCAUGCAUUUCUUAGGGCUUUCGGGUAUGCCACGUCGCAUUCCAGAUUAUCCAGAUGCUUACGCUGGAUGGAAUGCCCUUAGCAGUUCUGGCUCUUAUAUAUCUGUAGUUGGGAUUUGUCGUUUCUUCGUGGUCGUAACAAUAACUUCAAGCAGUGGAAACAACAAAAGAUGCGCUCCAAGUCCUUGGGCUGUUGAACAGAAUCCAACCACACCGGAAUGGAUGGUACAAAGUCCUCCAGCUUUUCAUACUUUUGGAGAACUUCCAGCUAUCAAGGAGACGAAAAGCUCUGUGAAGUAAAAGAAAAAAAGGUCGCCGAUUGCUACUAAGAACCUAACAGAACUUUUCAAAAUUGAAAACGGAUCAGUCGACCUGGUCUACGAAUCUAUUCUAACUAUCAACGAAUUCUUCAAAUUUUAGGCGGGAUGGGGAUUGUAAUUAUUUAUACUUCUCGAGGUAUAAUGACAAUGGCCAACAAUAAUGGGCAGCGGGUCAGCAGAAACGAGCGGCUCAGUGAAUCAACCAGAAUAUGGGCGCGCGACGUCUGCGACUCAUGUUGCUCCCCGGGGGGACGAAGCUGGUCCUAAAGCAAGGGCUUUCCAUGCUAUAUAAACAUGGACUUGGAAUCGGUUUCGAUAGAUAGACUAGAAAUGGUAUGCUGGUUAACUCAAGACAGUUUACAGGCUUUGAGAAGAGGGGCAACAGUGAAGAUGCCAAGAAUGGCCGUGUCUAUGGGGAUGACCGGUCUUAGUAAGAAUCUGUUGCAAAAGCAUGUGAGGGAGGAAUGCCUGCAUUAAGAUUUAAAACUUGUCGUCUACUUGAAGGAAA